AGGUCUGUCGUGUUUACAAGGGACAUGUUAUCUGGUGACACAUAACAGCUGGAGGAUCAGUUCCUUUUGUAGCAGCUUUCUCAUAUUCACUUAACCUAGCAGUGUUUCUGAUGUAUCGCUCCCGGUUUCUCCCAGGAAUUUAAGGAAGUGCUGCAGUCCCAUGGGCAGUGUUUUGGCUUUGUCUUCCGGUCCGGGCCACCAGAACUGGCCUUUUUCUACGGACCCCCCACCUUCUCGCUGGGACGCGCAUCCUGCUCACUGGUACAGCCCGCCACGCUGGGAGAGGAGAGAUGGACGGCUGCCAAACCCAGGCAGCUUUCACUCCCUACACAGGAGUUGCAAAGAUGUGUUUCCUCAACAGAUUGAAGGAGUUAAGAUGAUUGUCAAUAAAACUGUGAGCAGCUUCUUCAAGGUCAGUCAUACCCUCCACCUCAGUGCUGUCAGUCCUUCGUACUAUCGAUUCCAUGUGGAGCACCUGCAGUCUGAUGAUUACAGCAAAGACAAGGAUGCCCCCGCAUUAAUUGGUGAGAUGGAUUCCUCCGGCAGUCUGAAUGCGCACGCUUUGCUGCAUCUAACUGAGCGUGUACGAGCCAGAUCGGUUUUCCAGACCCAGCAGUCCCAGUUUGUAACAUGGCAAUUUGAAACAGAGUACAGGGGGAGUGACUUCACUGCAGCUGUGACGGUGGCUAAUCCAGACGUGCUCAGAGAAUCAGUUAUCCUAGUGGCUCACUUUCUGCAAAGUGUGUCCUCUGGUCUGGUGUUAGGAGGAGAGCUGGUCUACCACAGAGGCAGAGCAGAAGAGGGUGGAAUCCUCACACUGGCCGGACAGUAUUCAAGACCAAAUUGGGUGGCAACUUUGAAUGCCGGUAAAGGAGGUGCCCAUGCUAGCUACUAUCACAGAGCCAACAAGCAGAUCCAAGUAGGGGUGGAAUUUGAAGCCAGUACCAGGACUCAGGAGACCACAACCUCAUUUGGGUACCAGAUGGAACUACCAGAGGCCAAUAUGGUCUUUCGAGGUAUGAUUAACAGUCGCUGCAUCAUAGGAGGCGUGCUAGAGAAGCGCCUGAGCCCACUCCCUGCCACCCUAAUCAUGGGUGCCUUUGUAAACCACCGCGGUGACAAGCUGCAAGUAGGUCUAGGUGUCAAUGUGGGACAAUAGUCUACCUUUUUUCUUGCUGGAAUGACAGCAGAAAGCUGCAUCCAGGGCUUCAUCCUGACUCAAUCCCUCACAGUGAAUCAGCUCUGGGAAAUACCACAGUAUUGUGGUCUCGAGUCCCAGAACAAUACCUGAAAUCAGUGCAUCAUCUCUUGCAAUCUACCUCUGAAACGAAGGAGGAUUAUUUAUUCCUUAUUUGGGUGCCGUUAAACUAACCUGAAAUGAUGAAUUGGACUUUCCGAGAGGCAUAACCGCAAAUAUGAGGGAUCUACUAGUACAGACAUUUUGUUACAAGAGAUUAUACUUGUAAAAAAGAAAACAAUGUUAUUUUAAUGUUUUUAGUAGAAACCUUUCUGCGUACUCGAACGCAAUCAUGGUCAUUUAAUUGUAAAGCUAAUUUGGAGAUCAUAAACCAGUUUUGGAUUGCCAAUGACCAAGUCAGACGUAAUUAGCUGACCAGCCACAACUUGUUGGCAUUCCUGCUAAUGCACCAACAACACAAACAGCAGUGAACUAUUUGUGGGAUUUUCAAAUAAAUGGAUGUUAAAAGAGAGGAUGUGGACAGAAGGACCCAAAACAGUUCAGUCAAGUGUAAAAAUAUAUAAAAGGUGCUGUUACAGUCAACCCAAGAAGACCACGUAAUGAAUUUUAUGGAAGGUAUGCACAAUACUGUUCUAUGUCAUGCAACAUGCACUAUUGCACGCUCCAGUCAUAAUUCAUAUAUUUAUUGUGUUAUUUAUCUGUUAUUUAACAAAGGAGGGAUGUGGAACAAAGUGCAUUUUUGAAAUUUAUUUAUUAAACUGUUAUUUCUA